UGUUGCGGCCUCUGCCAUUGUCAGGACGGGCGCCAUGAAAGGCCUUCAACUGCUCACCCUGUCUGCUCUAUUCUGCUGGGUCACAGCUGACAUUCGCUGUCACUCCUGCUACAAGGUCCCUGUGCUGGGCUGUGUGGAUCGGCAGUCCUGUCGCCUGGAGCCCGGGCAACAGUGCUUGACAACUAACGUGUACCUUGGGAAGAUGUGGGUGUUCUCCAACCUCCGCUGUGGCACACCAGAGGAGCCCUGUCGUGAGGAGUUCAAUAAAACCAACCACAAGUUGGGCCUGAACUACAACACCACCUGCUGCAACAAGGACAACUGCAACAGCCUCGCCCCCCGUGCCGCCCCAGGCGUGGCGCUGGUGUUCCUCACCUCCUUGGCUGGCCUUGGCCUCUGGCUGCUGCACUGAGGCUCGCACCACGGCUCCCCUCCUCCCAGCGCUUGGCCUGAGCCUCUCGCCCUGCGUCCCCGUGGCCCCUGGCUUCCCAGGAUGGUCUCUCCCUGGCCCUUCCUAUGAAGAGCGUGUCCCGAGUCCCUUCUUUAAUGAGACGGUGCUCAGAGUGACCUCCCUCUGCCGUUUUGCCUGAGUCCUCUCCCAUUGUGCUCUAGGCCCCUCUGGAUCCUCCACUGGCCUCUGAGGGGCAUUGUGCUGUGCCCUCACUGCGGAGGAAAUGGGACCGGGGCCUGGAGUGGGGCUUCCAUCCCGUCCCCAGCGCAAGUUCCCAGGAAGGACCUGACGACCUCACGUCCCUGAGGGCUGACUCCCCAAACCGUCUACUCACUUCUUCCCAUUUUGAGUAAUAAAUGUCUGUGUCUAAUAAAUUGCGCACUUACUAGGAGGAGA